AUGAUGCCACCGCCGCCGCCUCCAUCGCGGCGUGUCGCCAUUGUCGGCGGAGGCAUUGCCGGCAUCGCGUGUUCAUGGGAGCUGCGCAAGCACGACUGCAGCGUCGACAUUUUCGAGGCCGACGACAAGCUCGGCGGCCAUGCCAAUUCGGUGUCGUUCAAGGGGAAACGCGGCAGCGUCAGUGUCGACACGGGCUUUAUCGCGAUAGACGAGGCGACAUACCCGCACUUUAAUGCAUUUCUCGGCGAGUUGGGCGUCGAGACGAUGCCGACAGACAUGUCGUUUGGCGUGUCCACGUCAGACGGCGCAUUCGAAUGGAGCAGCUACUCACUCUGGAGCUUCGUCGGCACCCUCACCAGGCUGCUGAGUCCUUGGUUCUGGCGGCUCAUGUUUGACGUGGUGCGCUUCAGCCUGUUUGCGCAGGACGCGGUUCGCGAGGAGCCGUGUGUCGCCGAGCCCAGCCAGCGCCGGGGAUCCGACGCCGACGCCGUGGAAGACGACCUGGGCGCAGCGCCCCUCGAGUCCAUCGGGGAGUAUCUACGGAGGCAGGGGUACUCGGAGCAGUUCAUGGCCUAUUUCCUGAUUCCCAUGGUGGCUGCGCCGUGGUGCAUUGAUCCCGACGAGUUUGCGGCGACUUUUCCCGCAAGGCCGCUGAUCCAGUUCAUGCUUCGGCACGGUCUACUCGAUACCGUCACACAAAGGCUGCAGUGGCGCACCUUUCGACACGGCUCGAGGACAUAUGUCGAUGCCUUCCAGCGCCGUCUUCCGCCUCGGCACCGGUUGCACCUCAACACGCCGGUGCAGCGAGUAACUCGAGUCGGAGACGAGACGGUGGUCAGCCUCCACGACGGACCCUCCCGGACCUAUGAUGAUGUUGUCCUCGCCGUCCACGCGAACCAAGCCCUGGCUCUGAUGGGAGGCGACGCCACGGCACUGGAGCGCAGGAUCCUCGGCAGCUUCAAGACGAGCAAAAACGUGUGCCACCUGCACUCUGACACGUCGCACCUCCCACGGCGCCCAUCCGCACGCGCAGCAUGGAACUGUUUCGUCGAAUCCGAAGCCUGGACUCCCCAAAAUGCACUCGCAGGGAAGCCACGCUCAAGGAAAAUAAGCAUCACGUUUGACAUGAACAAGCUCCAAGCAAUCCCGUUUCCCGGGCAGGCCGGAAGCCCCGGCCGCGUGCUCGUCAGCAUGAACCCGACGCGCACGCCGCGCGCGCUGCAGAGCAGCCACAUCUAUCACCACCCGCUGCUCAGCUCCGAGAGCAUCCUCAUGACGCGCCAUCUGGACAAGAUUAACGGCGUUUCGGGCCUAGCCUUUGCGGGCGCGUGGAUGGGGUACGGGUUCCAUGAGGAUGGCUUUGUGGCGGGCGUGCAUGCCGCGCGCCUCAUUACACACGGCCGGGACAAGACGCGGCCGCUGGACCUGAUGCAGGAUGGCAUGGAUAAUUUGUUGCCCAAAGGGGGGACCACGAGGAUACUUCUCCGGCUGGGAGUUGGUCUGGUGCAAUGGCUGCUGCGGCUGAGGGAAUCCAUGGUGGAUGCAUGGGCUUGGGCCGACGUCACAAGCCAGGAAAAGUCCAAGCUCUUGCUCCUGUGA